UCUUCUCAUCGAGAACUCCUUCAGGUAGAGAGAGAAAAUUUCUGUUCGUAACAGAAUUUUUGUUCAAACAGAAAAAAAGAAUACAAACAAACACAAAAACAGAAAACAGAAUUUAGUUACCAUUUUUUGCCCAGCCCAUAUUUUUACUCUUCCACUCCUGCUUCCUUCUUCUUCAACCUCCGAAUCGCCUGUCUUCUCUCUCCUCUGGCUCCGAAUAUGUCCUCAGAUCCUUCUGCCAUGGCGGAUUUGGAGACGGAAGCGCUCAAAACAAUGAUCGUCAACGGAAACUUCAAGCUUGCUGUGCAGCUCUUCACACGAGCUAUCUCACUCAGCCUUGAAAACAACGCCGAACUUUUUGUCGAGCGUUCUCACGCUAAUUUCGAGCUCGGCAAGUUUGCCGAGUCUCUCACCGAUGCAGAGAGGGCAAUUUCUUGAGACCCAUCAAUGUAUAUGGCAUACUUUCGCAAAGGCGAAGCUUGUUAUCAGCUCGAAGACUAUGGCACUGCCAAAAGAGCAUUGGAAUUUGGCUCUUGUCAGGUACCGGAAAAUGCAAUAUUCAUGAAGUGGAUCAAACAGUGUGACGAGCUUAUUGCAGAUGCAUGCCAAAUGGAAAUCACAGGAUCUACAUCUGAGACACCCUCGGAUUCAUCAUCAAAACAGCAAAGGGAAAAUAGAGAUAAGUUGGGUGCGGAUGAAUUUCCGCAACGAGAAAAUUUGGCAGAUCCUUCUGCCACGGCAAAUCUGGAAACCCAAGCGCUCAAAGCGUUCAUUUCGCGAGACUUCACGCUUGCUCGCAUGCUCUUCACACGAGCUAUGUCCACUAGCCCUGAUAAUGCCGAAUUAUAUGCCGGACGCUCUCGCACCCAUUUCAAGCUUGGCAUGUUUUCUGAGUCUCUUGCUGAUGCAGAGAGGGCAAUUGGUUUAGACUCGUCAAUGCAUAUGGCAUACUUUCACAUGGGCAAGGCGUGUUAUCAGCUCAAAGACUAUCGGACUGCCAAAGCAGCAUUUGAAUCAGGUUCUUUUCGGGUUCCCGGAAAUGGCCGAUUCAUUAAUUUGAUCAGACGGUGUGACGAGCGUAUUGCGGGCACUGGAUGUCAGAGGCCCCUGAAUCCAACACCAAAACGACAGAGGAUAGAGACUGAUGAAGUUGAAUUUGAAAAAUCGAAGGAGAACAGAGAGAAGUUAGGUGCGGAUGCAUUUCAGGAGAACAGAGAGAAGUUGGGUGCGGAUGCAUUUCAGGAGAACAGAGAAAAUUUGAGUGGAGGUGCAUUGCCGCCAAGGCGUGCACGAAGAAGAAGAUGGCAAGGAGAUGGAUCUCUCGAGAAGAGCCAACAUGAUUAGAUGGCCGGUCUUUGGCAGCCGUCGCGUGUUUUCAGUCCGUCCCCUCCCCACUAUGAGUACUAUUCAGAAAGGUGUGUGCAUUGAGAUAGGAUAUGAAAGAAAGACUACAAAUCAAAUUUACAAUUAGUUACGCUGUAUGGUUUUGUAAUAUGCUUCCGAUACUUCAGGAAGUCGAUGUCCUCGACCUCCUGGGUAGGCGAGGCAAGUGCGGCACGAAAUGAUCUUUGACAACAUGAAAGUGAUAAAAAACCAAUGACCAAUAGCGUACUUGUUCACAAUAAGCAAAGCGUCAUCGACUCA